CUUACGUGUUACAGCUGACGUGCCAUAGGCUCCUCCUUCCUCUUUAAAAAGCCUCUAUUCCCCUUCUCUCUCAACAUUUUCACUCUCUUUCUACACCAACGCUAACAGAGAGAGCUAUAGCACUCACCAAAAAGCAAAUAAGAACUCUUUCUCUCUAAAAUUUUCGAUCUCAUUCUACUUUCUCUCUCUAACUGAACUCUUUUGAUUGGGAGUGAAAAAUGGCGGAGAGUUCCUGUAGAAAGCUCAUCGUUGAAAUAUGUAACGCAAAGAAUUUAAUGCCGAAGGACGGACAAGGAACGGCAAGCGCUUACGUGAUUGUUGAUUUUGAUGGUCAGAGGCGUCGAACAAAGACGAAAUUUAAAGAUCUGAAUCCAGAAUGGGACGAGAAGCUGGAGUUUCUGGUUCAAGAUUCGGAGUCUAUGGCCUCUGAAACUCUUGAAAUCAAUGUAUACAAUGACAAGAAGACUGGCAAAAGAAGUACUUUCCUCGGUAAAGUCAAGGUUGCCGGAAGUACUUUUGUGCAAUCUGGAUCAGAGACGCUUGUUUACUAUCCUCUGGAGAAAAGGAGUGUUUUCUCGCAGAUCAAAGGCGAGAUCGGUCUGAAGAUCUGCUAUGUAGACGAAACUCCUGCGGCGGCGGAAGAGGCAGCAACGCAGGAGGAAGCUCCACCGCCGCCCGCUGAGGAGGAGAAGCUGCCGGAGAAGGAAGAAGAUAAGAAAGCAGGGCAAGGAGACGAAAAGAAAGAUCCGGAAGAGAAGAAAGAAGAAGAAAAGCCGGCGGAGGAAGCCAAAAAAGAAGAGAAACCGAAUGAGAAUCCAAAACCAGAGGAGACUUCAGUGGUGGCAUCACCGCCGUCGGGGGAGGUGGAGAAUCCUCCGAUCGCUCAAGCGGAGAAGCAAAAACAGCAGGAGAAGGCGAUGAUCUCGAAAGUGAAUGAACACCUGGAACUUCGAUCUCUCUCCGGCGAUCGAAGCCGUAGCGCGUACGAUCUUGUUGAUCGUAUGCCGUUUCUCUACGUCCGCGUUGCCAAGGCCAAAAUAGCUAAUCCGGAGGCUGAUACGUCCGUCUACGCGAAGCUCGUGAUUGGAACUCACAGUAUCAAAACGACGAGUCAAAUUGAUAAAGAUUGGGACCAAGUGUUUGCCUUUGACAAAGAAGGCCUCAACUCUACCUCCUUGGAGGUGUCCGUUUGGGUUGAGAAGAAAGGUACGGAUAAUUCUACAGAGACAUCUUUAGGUACUGUUUCAUUUGAUUUGCAGGAAGUACCCAAGCGAGUACCACCGGACAGUCCUCUCGCUCCACAAUGGUACACCAUUGAAGGUUCGCCAGAAAAUUCGCCGGGAACUGACGUCAUGCUCGCCGUUUGGAUUGGUACUCAGGCGGACGAGGCCUUUCAGGAGGCCUGGCAGUCGGAUUCCGGCGGGUUGGUUCGGGAGACCCGAGCCAAGGUUUAUCUCUCUCCGAAGCUGUGGUAUUUGAGACUAACGGUCAUCCAAACCCAAGAUCUACAACUAGGCUCGGGUUCCGAGCCUCCUAAGGUGAAGAUCCCCGAGCUGUACGUUAAGGCUCAGCUCGGCGCACAGCUUUUCAAGACAGGUCGAACAACGGUUGGCUGCUCCACUCUGUCCUCCAAUCCUACGUGGAAUGAAGACCUUAUUUUCGUAGCAGCGGAGCCAUUUGAGCCGUUUUUGGUAAUAACUGUGGAGGAUGUUUCAAAUGGGCAAUCAGUGGGCCAUGCUAAGGUCCACGUGGCGAGCAUUGAUAAGAAAACAGAUGACGGAUCAGAGCCAAGAUCCAGAUGGUUUAAUUUGGUUGGUGAUGAGAAAAAACCUUACGGGGGAAGGAUACACGUGGGAGUGUGUUUGGAAGGAGGCUAUCACGUGCUUGAUGAGGCUGCUCACGUGACCAGCGAUGUUCGAGCAACAGCAAAACAGUUGUCCAACGCUCCGAUUGGAUUGCUGGAAGUGGGCAUUCGUGGGGCUUCUAAUCUGCUUCCGGUGAAGACCAAAGACGGUACGCGAGGGACCAUAGACGCCUAUGUCGUCGCGAAGUAUGGGCCCAAGUGGGUCCGGACUCGUACAAUCCUUGAUCGAUUUAAUCCACGGUGGAACGAGCAAUACACAUGGGAUGUAUACGAUCCUUGUACUGUACUCACGAUAGGCGUGUUUGAUAACGGAAGGUACAAGCGCGAUGAAGCUGGGAAGCCAGGCAAAGACAUGAGGAUUGGCAAGAUACGUGUACGGCUGUCAACGCUGGAAACCAAUCGGGUGUACAUGGGUUCAUAUUCGCUUACGGUGUUGCUUCCCGGUGGGGCCAAGAAGAUGGGUGAGAUAGAGAUUGCGGUGAGAUUCUCAUGCUCAUCGUGGCUCAGUCUCGUCCAGGCGUACGCUAGCCCCAUGCUGCCUAGGAUGCAUUAUGUGCGCCCUAUGGGUCCGGCGCAGCAAGAUAUCCUGCGCCACACCGCAAUGCGGAUUGUGACGGCUCGGCUCGCCCGGUCCGAACCUGCUUUGGGUCAAGAAGUGGUUCAGUUUAUGUUGGAUUCCGACACGCAUAUGUGGAGCAUGAGGCGAAGCAAGGCCAAUUGGUUCCGAGUUGUUGGGUGCUUGUCGAAAGCAGCCACUUUUGCACGGUGGCUCGAUGGAAUUCGCACCUGGGUGCACCCACCCACCACUGUCCUAGUCCACGUGUUGCUCGUGGCUAUUGUGUUAUGCCCACACCUGGUCUUGCCCACUAUUUUCAUGUACGCAUUCUUAAUCGUAGCGUUGAGAUUUCGAUACCGCCAGAGGGUCCCAUUCACCAUGGAUCAAAGACUGUCAUACGUUGAAGUUGUGGGACCGGAUGAGCUUGAUGAAGAAUUUGAUGGGUUUCCAACCACGAGAUCAGUGGAACAGAUCCGAAUCCGUUAUGAUCGGUUACGAGCACUGGCGGGUCGGGCUCAGACGCUCUUAGGUGAUGUGGCAGCACAAGGAGAGCGUUUGGAAGCUUUGUUUAACUGGAGGGACCCACGUGCAACUGGGAUAUUUGUCGUGGUCUGCUUGCUGGCUUCGUUGAUAUUCUAUGUGGUGCCAUUCAAGGCAUUUGUGUUGGGGUCAGGGUUUUAUUACCUGCGACACCCGAGGUUUCGCGACGACAUGCCGUCAGUUCCCUUCAACUUUUUCCGUCGACUUCCGUCUUAUUCCGAUCAGAUUCUGUAGUAUUUUUUGUAUUUUUGUUUUUGUUUUUGUUUUUAUUGGGACAGCGAGUGUGGUGCACUCUCUCCGUGAAGUAGUAGGUUGUGGUGUUUGUUAAAUGAGAAAUUACAUUAUUUUAUUAAUUUAUCA